AUGUCUUCAGAAACUAAUAAAAACAAUAAAAAAGAAUCCCACAAAAAAACGCCAGAUCCAAUAGCUCAUGUGACCACUCAUGGUUCUACAGCUCUAGGAGGUGUGGGUUCAAAUCCUUCAAUUGAAGAGCAAGAAAGAGAACAUGUUGCUCAUGUCCCACAAUACGGUAGUACGGCUCUUGAGGGUGUAGAAGAUAAAAAAGACGAGGGAAUGAUCGCCAAAGCCAUUGAUGCCGAAACUAUCCUUGGUAAAUAA